UCCCAGUGACAGGCACAUGAACGGUCUGGAGAUCCGGGAGCGGAGCGCCUGAAGAGGAGCGCCCGACAGCAGCGCACACCCAUCCCAUCGGCUCUUAAGUAGAGGCGGUAGACCGCGGGAAGGACGUUCAGAGGAGCAAGACAUCGACCAAGUGGCCUGGUAUUGGGAAGUGCACGCUCCAUUUCCACGAAGUUUAACUUCUCCUGUGCUUUAAACCAGAUGGCUCUAGCCAGAGAUCCAGGUACAGGCCCGGAGCUGAAAGAUGCAGCUGACCAAAACUUUGACUACAUGUUCAAGCUGCUGAUCAUCGGCAACAGCAGCGUGGGAAAGACCUCCUUCCUGUUCCGCUAUGCAGAUGACUCCUUCACUUCAGCCUUUGUCAGCACUGUGGGCAUUGAUUUCAAAGUCAAAACCAUCUACAGGAACGACAAGAGGGUCAAACUACAGAUCUGGGACACAGCGGGGCAGGAACGCUACCGGACCAUCACCACAGCUUACUACAGAGGAGCCAUGGGAUUCCUGCUCAUGUAUGAUAUCACAAGCCAGGAGUCGUUCUACGCUGUUCAGGACUGGGCAACCCAGAUCAAGACGUACUCGUGGGACAACGCUCAGGUAGUGCUGGUAGGCAAUAAGCUGGACUUGGAAGAAGACAGGCAGGUUCCCACUGCGGAUGCCCAGAGACUGGCUACAGAGCUCGGCUUCCAGUUCUUCGAGGCCAGUGCCAAAGACAACAUCAACGUGAAGCAGGUGUUUGACAAGCUGGUGGACGUCAUCUGCGAGAAGAUGAACGAGAGCGUCAACGGUGAUGCCGGUCCGUCAGCCAAUCACAAGGGAGAUGGCCUGAAGGACACGCCCCGUAGCAGCCAGCGUGGCUGCGCAUGCUGAUAGACGAAAGUGGAAAUUCAUUGAGUGCGGGUUUCAUAGUCACACACACGCACAUGCACACACAUACACAGAUUAAUUGAAUUGCCAAAAAUCUGUCAUUGUGAAUGUACUUUACCACGUUACUGCAAUACUAUCAUGGAUGCCUGCCUCCCUCCUUAUUUUUUUUUUUUUCUUGGUAUCUUUUCUCGAUUUGGUGGUGUCUCCAGCUCUUCCUCACAAUUUGAAUGUGACUGUUACACUGAGAUGCCAAAGAGCUGCAGUCGAGCAGCUGUGCCUUCUGCCUGAUGCCUUUGCUUUAUUAUUUCUUGUUUAAUGGGUGAGCAGCACCUGUUGCAGGUGAGGAUGUGAACAAUAGGCAAGAACCAAAAUCAGCAUGGCAUGGCGGGGGCAGGGAAUCACUGUGAUUCAGUUAUGUCAUGCUACCCCCUUGUGGGUGUCUCAUGAAAAUGCAUCACUGUGACUCCCUGCCCUUCGCUCUAUGUCCUGUGAAUUAGCCCCAUGUAUAAUCCUGCUGAGGAAGAAGACCCCCUGUUUAAUACAAAGUCAAAUACACUUGAAUGUUGCUGUGGUAUUCCAGGUGUAUCUAGACUUGUUAUUACUAUUUUAGAGGGAUAUUCUCAUUUUCUUAUAAGUUAUUUUUUUCUGUCUUUUUUUUUUUUUGUACAUUUAAUGGUUAAUGCUAGUCCAAUAUUUUAUUUACCAGGUUUUUUGUGUCCCUCUAAAAGUUUAGAUUAAAAGAUGUGGAUCAAUACAAAAUGUUUGUUGGUUUUCCUUUAGGUGAAGUAAUUUCACGUUGUUUUUCUGGAUUAAACAACACUUUAGAGUAUCAGGAAAAGUCUGAUAGUUUCCACUUGGUGUUGACAUCAGUAAUUGAUCACUAUAAAAAUGGAUUCAGUCGUGUCAUAAAUUUCAUCACCAGUGUGAUUUUCCACUUAUUAGAAAAUAAAACAUUCAUCAGGUUUGUGUUGAUGCUCAACAUUAAAUUAUUUAAUUCCUUG